GCCCUGGUGCCCGUGCAUGCAUUGUGCCUUUCGUCUGUCGAUUGACGGUCCUAGCCUGGUGCAAGGACUCGCAGCGCAUCCUACAUAUUCACCAACACGUCCGCCUCGCACAGCAUGGUGUUGCUUCCCUUAGGCUUUCCGCAAGCCGUCUUCUAUCACCACGAUCGACAGCAUACUCAUCCUCCCGAUUAUCACGUUCCAUGCUCUUUCGCCACCACCAACACUCUCUCUUCUGCCAGACAACAUGACCUCUGGUCAGGUAUUUCCAACGUUGCCUGGCACCAUCGACCCAUCGCACAUGGGACCUGAUGCCACUGCCGGCAUCGAAGGCUCAGAAUGGUAUGCACCGCCAAGUUCAUGUGGCUUCCACGAUUCAUACAUCACUCCUUACCCAUCAUCCACAGUCGAGAGCCAACCAUGGACGACAUACGCAAGGGCGUCCGUCCCUGACCUCAAUCUUGCGACAUGCGGAAUACAUAUGCCGCUCCAAUCUCAACAUCCUCAGAUGAUGAAAGACCCUGGGAGACCGAGGAGUAGCCCAAGCACAUUUGGCCCAUCACCAGAGACCAUUACAUGGCAAACAACCAGCGGGCUCGGAAUUCAAGGUAUCCAAUACACGACUGCAGGCGGUCAACCCACACCACCAGUUACAUCAACAUUUCCACCCAACGUGUUCCAGACCUAUCCGACAGAUGACCACUAUAGCACAUCAAGUCCCCCAGAGCUCCGACAACCCCAACCUCGACGAGCCUUUGCUUCGAUUGCACCAAGUCCGGCUGGUGAGAUAAUCAAGCGCAAGCGGGACGAAGCAACAGAACUUGACCUACCAUCAUCGGCUGGCAAGCGCCGAAAACGAGCGACCUCGGUAGCAUCGCAGGCAGACUUGAGCGAGGAUGAUCGAUUUCUCGUACAAUUGAAAGAGGACGAGAACCUUGCUUGGAAAGACAUUGCAGCGCGUUUCAUGAACGACAAGGGCAAGAAUUUCCAAGUAGCAGCGCUUCAAAUGCGCUACAAGAGGCUGAGAGAGAAGUUCCGAGUUUGGGAAGAUCAAGACGUCCAGGCAUUGAAACUCGCGCACGAGUACUGGGAAAAGUACAAGUGGGAGAUCAUCAGCGCGAAAAUGCUCGACUUUGGUGUCUCCGAGCGCUGGCCAGCACGUCACUGCGCCAGGAAAUGGACCGACCUGGAAGCCGGCAGCAACACCACCGCGCAAGCGACAACGCUCAACAUGACUCCCGCCUCUUUGUCAGCUUUUCCAAGUCCGAUCGAAGGUCCCGUACACUUUGCUUUCAUGCCCAUGUCGUGACUACAUGGCAGUGCCAACAAUACGCCUCCACCACAGCAGCCCUACGAACUCUUCCCGUGGCAAGGCAUGCAGACCGGCCCGAUCUCCACAUACUGAUGAUUUGAGCUGAUCCCACUGGAGUCCUUUCUUUCCGCACAUACACACACGUUCAACAAGACCAAGAGUUAAAUGAAAAAGGCUUAGAGGAACGAACAAACCUGGUUUGAAUGAUUUUGAUUUUGGAGGAUUAUGAUUGCGGCCUUUUGUUUUCGAAAAGAGGAGAGAAAGCAUGAUACCCCAUACCGCUCGCUUUUUUCAUGGCUGUACCUGGAGCAUCUAUUCUGGUUCGCUGUUUGUUCGGUUCUAGAUGAUACCCCAUUUCAUUCGCUUCUUAUGAGGGCAGCAACGACGAUGUACGAAAACAUUACGACUUUUUUGGUAACGGCAGAAAAAAGAAAGAAGGAAAGAUAAGA